AAUAUUUCAUUUUUUUUAACCGCCAUUCAUACAGAGAUAUUCGCAGCGAAGGGGAGGAGAGCGGGAGAGAUUGAAAAUGGAGAACACCACCACAACUUCUCCUUCUCCUCCUACGACAUCCAAUCAUGAUACCAAUGCAAAAGUCUUCGCGAAUUCAUCGAAAACCAGAGAAGAAGGCGAGCUUUCUGCUUCGGAAAACGACGAGUUUGCAGGUUCUCAGUUCCCUGAUAGCACCACUCUUCCACGGGUUCCAUUGAACAAGGAUGCAUACAUGAUAGGGAAAUCUGGUCUAACUCGCAAUUCUACAUAUUCUGGUGUGGCUUUAAAAACUUCUGUUCAAUCUAACAAUCGUAAAGGUACAGAGAAGAAUCGAGUGCCAUUUGUGAUUAGUUUUUCAGAUGAUGACAGUGGCAGUGACUCUGAAGAACACAUGGAAAACACAAUUGAAUCUGACGACAUGACAAGGGGAGUUAUGGAGAAUAGAAAAUUACCCAUUUCAGUGGGGAACAGGAAUCCACAAAUGGUGCAAAAGUUUGCCAAAACCAACACCAAAGUACCCAAAAAGUUAUCUGGGAGUCGUACAUUUCUCUCAUCAAUGAACAGAGUUAAUGGAACCUCAUCCAAGAAUAAUAAUGGAAACACAUUUCAUAUCAAGAAAUCUAAUGCCCCUAGCAAAAACAAAGUAGGCCCAAAUGUUCAUAUCAACAGCAGUAAACUCCAAGACCUAAGGCAGUUGAUUGCAAUUCGUGAAAAUGAGUUGAAGAAAGCUUCAAGUUCAAUAAAAAAUAUGAACUCAAAAGGUACUGUUGUUUGGAGCAGAGAUUCUGCUGAACUUAUGGAACCAAAGGAGCCUGAAAAGAAGCGUCUUAAAGUUACUGAGCCUCCUACAAACACCCAAAUGUCUGUUGACCAACAAGAUAGGCCUCCUACAGAGUCAACAUUUGUAGCGGACAUUUCUGCCCCUGAAAGUGAUGGGCCAAAGGGUAGAUAUGAUGGUAGCUAUAGUGACAAAGAUACAGCACAUCCCAGUGUAACACAACAGACAAAAAAAGUGAGAAAUCACAACAUGCCUUUAACUAAUCUCCCAUCAGGUACUGGUAUAAUCAGGAAUAGCAGAAGACAUAACAGGAUCACAAAUAUGGUGGAGUCUUCUGCACCAUUAGUGGCUAAAACCACUAAAACUUCUCCACAUAAACAGGCACGUUUGAAGAAUCCAACUUUCUGGAAUCAUUAUGGUCCCACAAACAUCUCAGAAACUGCUGACAUGGAUCUCAAAUCACUACUUGAGAUUGAAGAACAACAAGAUAAGGAACUAGAUGAAGCUCAAGAACACCGUAGAAAAUGUGAAAUUGAAGAAAGAAAUGCCCUAAAAGCAUAUCGAAAGGCCCAAAGGGCAUUAGCUGAAGCCAACACUAAAUGUGCCUAUCUUUACCAUAAACGCGAAUUAUUUUCAGCUAAUCUUCGGUCUCAUGUCAUGGAAGACUCAACCAUGUUCUGGUCAAACUCAAACAUGCCAAUGCCAUGUCAGCACACUGGACCAAAGUUGAUUACUACUGAAUCAUGUGGUGAACCUGAUACUAGCACAUCAGAUGAGCCUCAAGAAGAAGAAGAAGAAGAAGAAGAAGAAGAUAAAGCAAACGAUGUUUGUUCUUCACUUCAUGAUGAUGAUGAUGAUGAACAGACAUCUGCAUUUGAGCUUAAAGCUGCUGAUUCCAGUCUAGAUGAAGGAACGUGUAGCGAAAGGAGUCAAAGGACUAAAAAUGAAAAUUCAAUAUCCGUGGUGGACCCCACUGAGGAUUCAUUGCUUCUAGAAGCAACUUUGAGGUCUCAACUGUUUGCUAGGUUAGGCAAUAGAAUUCCCAAGAAGAUGGAAUCUGUUCAGAGUCGGAACAUGGAGCUGGCUGUAGAAAGAGAAGAUGGGGAAAUAAUGGAAGCUUCCGGAAACUUCUAUGAAUCUUUGACUGAUCCGAUUCUCAGGAGUGCUUUCAGUCAUGUAAAGUUAAAAAAAACAGACGAGACGAAAGUUGUUGAUGAAGAGGUUUGUGGGGCCCAACACCAACAGCCUACUGAUAUUACUGAUUUUGUUUCCAAUUCAAAGUUGGACAUUAAUGUUGGUGAAAUUGGUUCUUAUUCCAACAAUUUACCAAUCGACCCCUCAUGGCCUCUUUGCAUGUUUGAGCUACGAGGUAAAUGCAACAAUGAUGAGUGUCCAUGGCAACAUCUUAAAGAUUAUUCAUCCAAUGAUGGUGAAGGUGGAAUAGUAUUGAAGAGUGGAAAUGGUUGUGUUCCUUUGGCUCCACCUACUUACCUUGUGUGUUUAGACAGCUUGAAAGCUGAGUCACAUCCUUAUAAGUAUCUUUUAGCUCAAACUGUUGAACAACGUUGGCAGAAGUAUUUCAGUGCUUCAUUGGUUGUUUCAACUUCAUUCCUUGUAGAUCUGCACUCAGAUGAACCAUAUCUUCAUGGCCCUGAAACACGCAUUGAAGUCCAUGGAGGUUGGAAUAGGCAAUCAUCAUAUUUCCAUAGUCAAAAUCUCAAAGAAGGUCUGCCAGAUCAGCAUAUGGAUGACACUGAUCAACCACUUGAAAUGGCUCUUCUUAAACUCACUAGAGAUGUCAACAAACAGAAGGGACGUAGAGAGGCUCUUAUAGUCCUGGCUCGAGCCCUUGAGGAACAUCCUACAUCUGUACUUCUAUGGAUUGUAUAUUUGCACAUUUACUAUAGCAAUCAGAAGUCAAUUGGAAAAGAUGACUUAUUUCACUAUGCUAUUGAGCACAAUGACUCAUCAUAUGAGCUAUGGCUGAUGUUCAUCAAUAGCCGGGAAAAACUUGAUGACAGAUUACACGGGUACAACACUGCCAUGUCAGCACUAUGUCGUCAUGCAUCUGUUCCUGAUUUCAAUAGCGCGUGCAUAUUGGAUCUUUUUUUACAAAUGAUAAAUUGUUUAAUUUCUUCUGGAAAAGUCAACAACGCGAUCCGAAAAGUAUACGAUCUCAUACCCUCAACAAAAAAUCCAUCCGAUUUCAAUAUCCAAUCACACCUAACAACCUCUGACAAAUGUGUCCUAUGGAUCUGUUCCAUAUACUUGAUCAUGUACAAAAAACUGCCCGAAACCAUACUCCAGCAAUUCGAAUGCCCGAAAGAGCUGCCCGGACUUCAAUGGCAUUCUGUCAAUUUAACCCUUGAUGAAAAACAGCAAGUUGUCGCCUUAAUGGAACUCAUCAGUGACUCUCUAACUCUCAAAGAAUCCCAGUCCUACCUUUUUGCUCUUAAUCACAUCCGAUGUACAGCUGUACUUGAAGGUUUCGACUCUACCAAGAACCUGUUGAACAAGUAUUUACAGUUAUACCCUUCGAGUAUUGAACUCGUGCUUCUGUCGAUACGGGUCAACGAGUUUGACCCGGUCAAUGUCGACUCAGCUUUCGAACACGCUUUAACGAAUUGGGCCGGGAAACCUGGCGUACAGUGUAUUUGGAACCAAUAUGCCGAAAACGCCCUUCGGAAUGAAAAAACCGAUUUUGCAAAAGAGCUAAUGGAACGAUGGGUUUUAAAUAGUUCGAGCCAGGGUGACAUUGUGUUUGGACUUCUCAACCUCUCACUUCAUAAACAGUUACAAAACGAACACACAGAAGCCCAAAUUGCAAUCCAACAAGCCUUAGAAGUUGCCUCUGUUAAAGACUAUAUCCAUUGUGUCAGUGAGCACGCGCUGUUUUUUCAAAAAAACGGAUCCGAUUUGAGCAAACCGGUUGGUUUCUUGACCCGGUUGAACCGCUAUGUAACCGAUUCACGUGCCACACGCCCUCAAGAGCCACUCUCGAGAAACUUCAUCAAAACCAUCAAAAACCCUAAAAUUCAAAAACUCAUGAACAAUCUUUUGAGUCCGGUUUCAUCCGAUUUCUCGUUAAUGAACACGGUUCUCGAAUCGUGUUUUGGCCCGUGUCUUGUCCCGUUUGAAGUUUCUGAAAAAGCAGCGGAAUUUGUGGAUUUUGUGGAAGGUUUGAUGGAGUUGAGGCCCGGGAAUUAUGAGCUGGCACUUUCUCUGUGUAAGAUGCUUACACAAUCAAGUGCCAGUGCUGGUAUCAGUAACAGUAACGGUAACAGUGUUUGUUUUUGGGCGGGGUCGGUGUUGAUGAAUUGUCUGUUUCAGGCGGUUCCGGUGGCACCGGAGUCUGCGUGGGUGGAGGCAGGGGGGGUGUUAGGGAAGAUGUUGGAGUUUAAGUCGAUUUUGGAGAGUUUUCACAAAAGGGCGUUAUCGGUAUACCCGUAUUCGUUGAAACUGUGGAAAUCAUACCUUGGGUUAUGUGGUAAUGAGGCAAAUGCAGUGAUUGAGAUGGCUAGGGAAAAGGGGAUAAACCUUUGAUUUUAGGUUUGAUAGGAGGAAAGUAAGAAGGUAUAGAAAAGUAUACUACUAAAGAUAGGAAUAGGAAUAGGAAUAGAAAUAGAAAUAGAAAUAGAAAGGCAAUGUCUGCAAAUGGCUAUACAGUUUGUUGUGUUUUGAUCAUGUGA